AAUGCAGAAGAACUAUUUUAUUAAAUUGAUACUUUUUAUUGGAUAUCUUUAUUAUUCUUGUGGAGAUGUUAAUUUUUUACGGAAUAAAAAUUACCUAGCUUACAGGCUGUUUAGUGUUAAAGGUACAGUCUCAGGAAAUCGUAUAAGUAUAAAGACAGAAUCUAGAGCUGAAGUUGUUAAUUUAUCCUUAACUGGUUUUUCGCUCAAAUCUUCAGUUGUUUGUAAAAGUGAAUUUGUUGAAAAGAGACUUCAAACGCUUAAAGAUGAUCGUAUUGUUGUAAAAACAUUUGUAAUAAAGAAUUACCUUAAAAAAUAUCCUAAGUGCGAUAGUGUUCGCUAUUCAAUUUCAUAUUACUACGAGAAUACAGAUACAUGUGGAAGUGUUGAAGAAAGUUCAAUAGUUCAACCUAAAAGCAUAAAUGGAAAAUGUUCAUAUAAUAUUCAUGCUCCUUCUAAAAAAUUUGUAUAUUGCGAAUUCGCUUGUAUUAAAGAUUUAAGCAAAAUAUUUAAAUAUAAAGAUUCAACAGAGGAAACCUAUAGCGAAUUGGAAAAGAGCUUACAAAUUUUAACGGCUGAUCAAUCUUUAAGUCUCUAUACGGAACCAGAAUUUUUGGAUAUUUGCGGUUUUAAAUUAAUGGAAAAUAGCAGAAAAUAUAAGCCAAAUGUUACUAUUAAUUAUGAAAAUGGUCAAUGUAAUAUAAGAAUUGAAGCUAUUGGAAAAGUUAUAUUUAAUUUAGAAGCGUCACUUUUCAAGUUUAUUAGAGAAAAGAUAACGUUUCAAUUAGAAUAUUUGAAUGAAGGAAAUAUUGAAAAUUAUGAACUAAAUGAUAAAGUUCAAAAGAGUAUUAUAAAGAAAUACGAUAGCAAUUUUCUUAGAAUAUCAUAUAACUUAACCUACGGCUGUAGAAAAGUACCUAUACUUAGGAGAAUGCAGUACGAGAUUGAUAAUAAAAACAAUAUAACUGAGGCUUUUUGCAAUUCUCCAUAUGGAGAAGACGAUGGAAAGUACAAAAUUGUUUGCGAACCGUUUAGUGGUCUUAUAACCUUGUCCAGGCCUAUUGCCCUUUGUCGAUCAGAGCACUUCGUAAAAUCCUACGGAUAUAUUCAAGGAGAAAAACUAACAUGGGAUGAUAUUAAAACUCUUCACGGUCAUAAAAAAUCAGAAAAUUGUAUUUAUUGCUCGGACUUCUCGCCUAUUAAUAUUCAAACUUGUAAGGAUGAUGAACGUCUAAAUUAUGCAGCGUUUAUUCAUCCUGGAUACAAAGAUGAAGCUGUCAAAUGUAAAGAGGAGGAAGAUGUAAAAUAUUUAUUAGAAAAGGAGAGUAUUUCAAAUGUGAAAGAUGAAUUAGACGUUUCUUUAAUAAAAUUGAAUAAUUCAACGUUGGAAAAUCUAAAUUUGGGCGUAAUGGAACCUUUAGAAAUUCAAGAUAUUGAUGUUAAAGUAUCUAAUUAUAUUUCUUACAAUGAAAGAACAAAGAGGUUUAUUGAGGAAGCGUGUUCUCUAAAAUAUGGUUUAACGGUUGAGUAUUUAUGUAUUCCCAAGAAUAAAAGAUGUAUACAAUCAAAAAAUCAUGAAAAUUUUCACUUAAUUGCAUUAAGACCAAAAGACGGGAAAUGUUACUUUAAAUUGAAAAAAUUGCAAAAGUUAGAAAGGAUUGAAGUUACUUUCUCUACUGUUCCUCUUAAGCAAUUACACUUAAAGCUGGAGAUUGUCGGAGAUCAAGAUAAAAAGAAUUCAAAUAAUGUAGGCUCUCCUCUACAAUUACAAAGUGACGAAAUGGUGCUUCGAUAUCCUGAAAAGUACUUCAUUUGGUUAUAUAAUUGGGAAGCAUACCCAUUUUGCGAUUUGACUUUGAGUGAUUGGAUGAAAAACUAUGUUACGCUAAGCCAAAUUGAAAUGAAUAAUACAUGUAUAUACAAUUUGACGACAAAUAUAAAUUAUACUCUACAAUUCGACGUUAAAGUUAGAAAGUUCAAUGGAGAAGAUGAUAAUAAGAUUCUUAUUGAAGAUUCAAAUACAGAUAAUAGAAUUUUUUAUGGAAAUUAUAUAAAGGAUUUAUCAUUCUACGUAUCACUUAGUUCAUAUUAUGUACUAUCUCACAAUUUAAAGGAUUAUCUAUCUAUUGAAUUAAAUAAUAAAAUGGAUGCUUGUAGCUGGAUUCAUGGUAAGGCACAUGAAAUAUAUAUUCGUUUUAGUCAGGAUGGGGAUUCUCCUUGUAAGGCUGUUCUAGAUACUGGAGAUGAUGAUUUUACAGUGAAAUUAAGCGUAGAAUGCCGCGAUGAUAGAGUGAAUUUAGUAGUGAGGGCCCGGAAUUCGACAAAUAUCACGAAAAUAGAGAAAGAGGAAGAUAUCUAUUACAGAGAGUAUAUAGCGGAUCAUUCGGCCGUUGAAGUUGAAGUAUUGAAUCCAGCUGGUUGCAUUAUAACAUACGAUGCCUAUGGAUGCCGAGAAGUACAAUUACUACAACGUAUGAAAUAUAAAAAACGCGAGAAAAAUGGGCAAAAUAAUGCUGAAUGUCAAUCGUAUUAUAACGAAGAAAAUGGAGAUUAUAAAUUUUCUUGUAGCCCGAAUAGUGGGGUUAUAAAUUUUGAGAGAAAUAUUAGUCUGUGCAGAGAUAUUCCAUUCGAAAAAACUUACCUGUUUAAAUUAGCUUUAUUAAUUGGAUGCUAUUUCCUAAUUGGAAUGUUUUUCAUUACGGCUGUUGUCACUUACAACAAAUGGAAGGAUGCAGUUGACGGUGAGAAGACAGAAGAAGUGAAUCCCAACACCAUUGUACUGGAAUAA